AUGCCAACACCAGACGAUAGUGUGAUAAAUCCUAAUGAAAAUAGGCUUAUUAUGGAUGAGAAAAACUAUAAGCCUCAUGAACAAAAGACAGAAUACAACAGACUGUUUGCUAUGUUAACUGAAGAGCAAAGACGUGUUUAUCAAGAGAUAAUUUACUCGGUAAAUCAAAACAAGGGUCGUAUGUUUUUUGUGCAUGGAUUUGGUGGUACUGGAAAAACUUUCUUGUGGAGUAUUCUUGGAGCUGAUAUUCGAUCAAAAUGUAAUAUUGUUCUAAACGUUGCAUCGAGUGGAAUAGCUGCUUUGCUGUUGGAAGGUGGUAGGACAGCUCAUUCUAGGACUCUGCAAGAUAUAACGAAGUGUAAUAGGAUUUUUGGAGGUAAGGUAGUUGUCUUAGGAGGUGAUUUUAGACAGAUUCUCCUAGUAAUUCCUGAAGGUGGUAGGGUCGCAACAGUUUUGGCCUCUAUAAACUCAUCGUUGCUUUGGCAAAGUUGUAAAGUUUUGAAGCUUACAGAAAAUAUGUGCUUACGAAAAGGUGUUAAUAAUGAGCAAUCAGAUGCUCUCGCCGAGUUCUCAAAGUGGCUUUUGGAUAUUGGUGAUGGGAAAAUCAACGAGCCAAAUGAUGGCGAGGUCGAAAUAGAAAUACCCGAAGAUUUACUAAUAACAUUAUCUGAGGAUCCUAUCCACGCAAUUGUUCAUGAAAUCUAUGGUAAUUCUUUCGCUAAAGAGAAGGACCCAAAAUUCUUUAAGCGAAGAGCUAUUCUUAGUCCAAGGAACGAAGACGUUGAUAAAAUCAAUCAAUAUAUGCUUUCUCAACUACCAGGUGCAGAAAGACGUUAUCUUAGUUCAGAUUCCAUUGAAACAUUGGAUACGAGUGUAUUCGACGAUAUGGUCUACUCGCAGGAAUUUUUAAACAAUAUAAACGUUUCUGGAUUACCUAAGCAUGAAUUAACAUUGAAGAAGGGAGCCCCUAUCAUGUUGCUAAGGAAUAUAGAUCUUAAAGGUGGUUUGUGCAAUGGUACGAGGUUAAUUGUAACUCAGAUGGCUAAUCAUGUUAUAGAGGCAAGAAUCGUAACAGGUAACGGUGUUAAUGAAAAAGUACUUGUCCCAAGAAUGUUUGUCUCUCCGCCAGAUGCAAAGUUUCCUUUCCGUAUGUGGCGUCGCCAAUUUCCUAUAGCUCUUGCGUAUGCAAUUACUAUUAACAAAAGCGAAGGUCAAACUUAUGAAUACGGUGGAUUGUUUUUACCAAAGCCAGUCUUUACACAUGGACAACUAUAUGUUGCACUAUCUAGAGUGACGACGAGAAAAGGAUUGAAGAUUUUGAUUACGAAUGAAGAUGGUGCAUGUCAAAACAAGACCCUAAACGUAGUUUUUAAAGAUUUUUUUGAUAACAUUUAA